UAACGAGUUUAAAAAUCCGGUUAAGCCAGGAAAGCCGACGCGGAAUCUCUCCGACCCCAACCCUCGCGCGCGGGGCCGAGAAUGCCGCUCGAACUCUUCGAGGUUUGAGCCUCGCUGCUCUCCGUUUUCCGACGCCAGUGUGGACGCAUUCCCGCGCUUUCGGGCGUGAGGGGUCAGAGGGCGCGCCGCUGCGCAGGCGCAGGGAGCCGAGGCUGCGGCGGCGGCCAUGAGCGAGGCCGGCGGCGCUGAGGAGGCCUUCCGGCGCGUGGGGACUAAAGAGGAAUUCGUUAAAGUCAGAAAGAAGGACCUGGAACGGCUGACAACCGAAGUAAUGCAGAUCCGGGACUUCUUACCCCGAAUACUAAAUGGGGAAGUGCUGGAAAGCUUCCAGAAAUUAAAGAUUGUAGAAAAAAAACUGGAAAGGAAAGAGCAAGAAUUAGAGCAACUGAGAAUGGAUUGUGAGCACUUCAAAGCCCGCCUGGAGACCGUGCAGGCUGACCGCAUGAGAGAGAAGAAGGAGAAACUUGCUCUUCGACAGCAGCUGAAUGAAGCAAAGCAGCAACUCCUGCAGCAGGCAGAAUACUGUACGGAAAUGGGAGCAGCAGCCUGCACCCUUUUGUGGGGCGUCUCCAGCAGUGAGGACGUCGUCAAAGCCAUUCUGGCAGGAGAUAAAGCUUUGAAGUUUUUCAGCAUCACUGGUCAAACAAUGGAGAGUUUUGUGAAGUCACUGGAUGGGGAUGUCAAGGAGCUUGAUUCCGAUGAAAAUCAGUUUGUGUUUGCUUUGGCUGGGAUCGUAACAAAUGUUGCUGCCAUAGCAUGUGGUCGCGAAUUCUUGGUUAACUCAAGUCGGGUGCUGUUGGACACCAUACUGCAGCUUCUGGGAGACCUGAAGCCAGGACAGUGUACCAAACUCAAAGUGUUACUGCUGAUGUCCCUGUACAACGUGAGCAUCAACCUGAAAGGCUUGAAGUACAUCAGCGGGAGCCCGGGAUUCAUGCCGCUGCUGUGGUGGCUUUUGAGUGACCCGGAUGCAGAGGUGUGUCUUCAUGCACUGCGACUCGUCCAGUCUGUUUUUUUUUUUUUUUUUGUCUUCUCCAGGUCGGCCUCUUUUUUUUUUUUUUUUUUGCCCCGGCAGCGCAUCCUGUUUUUUUUUUUUUUUUUCAACCCGCACCUGCAGACCGUGGCCCAGGAGCUCCUGGAGGACCUCCGCGCCCUGGAUUUUUUUUUUUUUUUUUGCUCGCUGGUUACCCUGUUACGUCUGUUCUCUAAGCCUGUGAAACCCUGGUGGCGGUUUGGCUACAAAUGCCUGCUGACCAGCACCCAGCCAGACCGGGCACUGCCUUAUGCCCUGGUGACGUCAUCAGCACGAGAGACUCCCGGCAAGGAACAAAACUGCCUGUACUCUGGGGCUCCUAUUGCUAUCAUCUGGUACUGGACCAAACAGCAGGCCUGUCUCGUGGCCCCAGACCUGCGGCUGGCCGGCCACCUCACAGCGGGCAGCAGCCCUCCCUUCUCAGGCAGGAGGAACCAGAUAGCGCCGGCCACGCUGAGGCGUGGCCAGCAGAGCUGCGGAAGGCAGGGAGAAUGGGGUCCUGGGCUGGUACUGCAUCGCAGAGGACAGCAUGUUCCCACAGUGACAGGCCUCCGUGGGCCCGCGUCCUUCCGCAAUCCCACCAUGGUUCACCCUUACAAUAUCAUCAACUGCUGGAGGAGCGUGGCGGGCGGGGGCAGGGCCCCCGAGAAAAACCCCAGGAGGGACGAGAAUGGGCCCAUGAAGCCGUUCUUUCUUGGCAAAGUCUCCUUGGCACCAACGCUUUUCCUGCUGGUCCAGGCAGAGCUGGACCCCGAAGAGAGAAACAGCUUGGGGGCUCUGUGCUGCACCCGGGCAGAUGGCUGGUGCCAGGAAGAAAGGCUGCACCCCCUCGGAACGCCGGGGGCAGCAUUUGGCCGAGAAGCAGCCCUAGCUGUCAGCGGGCAGCAGGGUCCCUUGCAGCUUGUGGUCUGUCCUGAAGCCAGCAGUGAAGGCCGGGACCUCCUCCUGGUGGUCCUCUGCCCAGGACUGAUUCCUCCCCGGGAGGGAGGAGCCAUCACCUUUGCAGAGGGGCUCCUGAAGGGGGCGGACGCCCAGCUGGGACCCCAGCCGCCUGCCAGCAACACCCGUGACACGCGCCACCGAGCGGCAAACCCCCCCGGUGAGAAGACGCCUACCCGCUGUUUGAAGCUGCGCUGCUGGCCCCUCAGCAACGGCCCAGGGGCUCGGCUCCGUCUGGCCGCGGCGCAGCGUCUGGUCACCGACACGUACGUGCAGGCAGGACCGGACGUCACCGCUGACAUUUGCCCUAGCUCGGCCACCACCGCCAGGCCAGGCCCCGUGCCUGACCCCGUCCUACCCUCACGGCCCACUCGCCCGGCGCAGCCGCAGGACAUCGUCUUCUCACUAUCGACUGACCCUGCAGGGGUCCGGGCCCCUGACGGCAGUGGGGGCGGCGCACCCGGGGGCCUCUUCCUCAGCCGCUCGCCGGGCUGUCCCGUGCAGUCCCCCCCCGCCGGGCGGCGCACACCCUCCCUGUCGGAUGCUGCCCUUCGCUCACCAGCCUCCCCUACCAACAGACAUGCCGGUGUGAGAGACCCGGGGGGCCAUGGUGCAGAGCACAAGGUGCGGCCUCUCUACAGGGAAAGCCCCAAGAUGGGGACACGGCGAGGCCUCGAGAUGCUGACUUUUGGGGUCCAUCUGCUCGGCCUCCUCCUGGACAGGCCCAGCGGUGCCUCUCGAUGCCAAGAGGAGGGGGUGAGGAGGCUGCGGCCCCCGGACCCCGCGGUGUCUCCGGAUCGGCCAGUGUGUUCAGGAGCCAAACACGGAGGCCCACAGGGGACACGGGAGGUGCAGUCCCAGAGGCCGGGCGGCGUGGAGGGCCCGAGCUCUGGGGUCCGUCCUCCUUGCCCGCGGCCCUUUCCCUGGGCAGGAGAACAAACAGGGACAGGGCGCCUGAGCGCCGCCGAGGGCCCACGUCAGAGCGCGGCCUUCCUGGGCUGGAAGCGGCUGGCCAGCCCGAGUAUUGACAUCCUGGCCCCGCAGACCCUGCCAGUGCCUCCCGGUGCUCUCAGCUCUGCAAGUCUGCUGGACGCUCCCCUGCGGCAGGCCUAG